AUGUACUUAUCUUCUAGAACUGGUAGUCGAUUACUGUUCCUUGUGAAAGCAUCAUUUAAUACUUUUGAGAAAGUUGCAACCAUUUCUUCAACACUAAUAUAUUUCGUAUCGCAUAAACUUGUCAGCUCCCGGAGUUGUUCACAUAACUUCAGAAAUAUUUGUGGAUAUAUUCGACACAACUGUCGAAAAUGCAUAAGGUUUUGCUUUUGCACAUUUUCUAUAAAGAUUUCUCUGCCUCUUGUGAUCGCACGACGAAUAGAAUAUUAA